CAGUAUUACUUUUUCGCUCUGACUGGUCCCAGUGAGGGAUGCAAUAGACAGCAGCAGCCACAACAUCAGCCCAACGUCCGCCCAACGUUAUCCCCAGUAUGGCCUGUUCUCCUGAGAGUGGGACAGACAUUUCUUCCCUGCUCCAGCUCCAGGAUGUGGGCUCCAGCAAGGCCCAAGAGAGGGGGAGCUCCCCGGGACUCCUGCCCACCCUCUACAGCCCCCCGAGCGGCAUGGAGGGCCGUACAUUCUGCAUCCCCUCUCCCUACACAGACAACAGCCAUGAUUACAGCCACAGCCACGGACCCCUAGCCUUCUACAACCCCUCUAUGCUUGGCUACAGCAGACCACCUAUCUCCGACAGCCCCUCUCUAUGUCCCCCCCUCAGUCCCUCUCUCUUCUGGCCCCCCCAUGGCCACGGCCAGCACAACAUGCCCUCGCUGACCCUGCACUGCCCCCAGCCCCUGGUGUACAGUGAGCAUAACCACCAUGCCCCCUGGGUGGAGCCUAAACCCCACGGCCUCAGCCCCAGCAGGUAGCUACAACACCUGUCUUAUUUGACCUUUUCUUGUCUCCUAUAGCACCUCAGAUGGGUAAACAAUAGGAGACAGCCUCUUAGCAAAACUGAGGCUCCUACUGGAGUUUGUUUGUUAAACAUUGUGAUUGACGUUCCUUCUCAUAGCCCUCUACUCCAACCUACCAAGCUGCUGGGGAAGAGACUGGAGGACGGAGAGGAAGUGAACUCCGCCCCAGCCAGCUGUGUGGUGGUGAAGACAGACAUGCACUUCUGUGCCGUGUGUCAUGACUACGCUUCGGGCUACCACUACGGUGUGUGGUCUUGUGAGGGCUGCAAGGCCUUUUUCAAGAGGAGCAUCCAAGGUAGGACCACUAGGGGAGCUGUGUGGUGUCAUUACCAUGUCUACCCUAGGGACUGGGGUCAUGGUGGCCACCCUCUGUCUCAGUGCCCUGUAGGGUCUGAUCUGAUCACUGUGUUCUGUGCUAAGACCUCAUCAGGUCUGCCACUCCCAAAAAUAUAUGAAAAAAUAUAUAUAAUUUUCUGGAUGGUAAAAUGUUUUCAGUGUAAACUUAAACAACUCAAACCAGAUAUAAAGUAUGUAGCAAAGAUAAUGGAGCUGUAUAUUUUUAAAAAUAAGAUCAUCUUUGAGAACUAACAAUCACCAAAUUAAAAACUAGACCGUCAGGGAGAAUCAAAAAUUCCCCAAAUGUCAUGGCAUGGGGCCCCCAUUGAUUUUGUUAUAAUGUUUGAGUCACUCAGAUAGCAUAAGAAAAUGUGUAGAAUUGCAAGAAACUAGCUUUAAAACAGCAACCUUUAGCCUCUGCCGCCAAGAUGAGGGCCUCUAAAAUGUAUGUCGGAGACAGUGCCAUUGGCCACUACCACGCCAAAUUGGACAGCGCUGCUGAAAGAAAUCCUAGGGGGAACGCUGAAUAAGGUUGAUCGGAUGUGAUGUAUAGUACAUACAUGUAAUAUCUCCUACUGUCUCCAUCUAUCUCAUCUAGGCCACAAUGAUUAUAUUUGUCCAGCGACUAACCAGUGCACUAUCGACAAGAACCGCCGUAAAAGCUGCCAGGCCUGCCGCCUACGCAAGUGUUAUGAAGUUGGCAUGAUGAAGUGUGGUAGGCAGCCGUCUUCCUUAUCUCUCCCAUUAGUUGUGUUGUGAAACCUAACCUUAUGUAGUCAAUAGAACAUUUGGCAAGAGAUACUGUGAGCUUGUAAAGGUACAGUAUCUGUAGGAGUGAAACCUCUCUGUUGCUUGUCUGUGUUGUUGUCCAGGUGUGAGGCGAGAGCGCUGCAGUUACCGGGGGGCAAGGCACCGGCGUGGACCUCAGGGGCGGGGGGCGCCAGGCGGGCUGGUGGGGGUAGGGGCCAGGGCCCAGAUGCGUCUGGAGGGGGGCUCCCACCCUCAGCUGGAGGUGCAGCACUCGUCCCUGACCCCAGAACAGCUGAUCUCCUGCAUCAUGGAGGCGGAGCCCCCAGAGAUCUACCUGAUGGAGGACCUGAAGAAGCCCUUCACUGAGGCCAGCAUGAUGAUGUCACUCACCAACCUGGCCGACAAGGAGUUGGUCCUCAUGAUCAGCUGGGCCAAGAAGAUCCCUGGUGAGACACCUGGAGGGUGUGUGUGUGUGUGUGUGUGUGUGUGUGUGUGUGUGUGUGUGUGUGUGUGGUGUGUGUGUGUGUGUGUGUGUGUGUGUGAGUGCUGUGCGUGCGUGGCCUGCCUGUCUUCGUCUUUCUGUCCUGUCUGUCUGUCUGUCUGCCUGCCUUGCCUUCCUGUCGUCUGUCUUCUGUCUGUCUGUCUGUCUGUUUCUGUCUGUCUGUCUUGUCUGUCUUCUUCUGUCUGUCUGUCUGUCUGUCUGUCUGUCUGUCUGUCUGUCUGUCUGUCUGUCUGUCUGUCCUGUCUGUCUUUCCUGUCUGUCUGUCUGUCUUCUGUCUGUCUGUCUGUCUGUCUGUCUGUCCUGCUGUCUGUCUGUCUGUCUGUGUUUGUGUGUGUGGUGUGUGUGUGUGUGGUGUUGUGUGUGUGUGUGUGUGUGUUUGUGUGUGUGUGUGUGUGUGUGUGUGUGUGUGUGUGUGUGUGUGUGUGCCUGUCUGUCUGUCUGUCAUUCUGUCUGUGAGCGUGCAGCAUAUGUGCAAGGCUGGGUUGUGUCCCAGGUCUAUAUGUAAGAUAGGUACAGUACCAGUCAAAAGUUUGGACACAGCUACUCAUUCAAGGGUUUUUCUUUAUUUUUACUAUUUUCUACAUUGUAGAAUAAUAGUGAAGACAUUACAACUAUGAAAUAACACAAAUGGAAUCAUGUAGUAACCAAAAAAGGGUUCAACAAAAUCAAAAUAUAUUUUAUAUUUGAGAUUCUUCAAAGUAGCCACCCGUUGCCUUGAUGACAGCUUUGCACACUCUUCGCAUUAUCUCAACCAGCUUCAUGAGGUAGUCACCUGGAAUGCAUUUCAAUUAACAUGUGUUCCUUCUUAAAAGUUAAUUUGUGGAAUUUAUUUAUAUCUUAAUGCGUUUGAGCCAUCAGUUGUGUUGUGACAAGGUAGGGAUGGUAUACAGAAGAUAGCCCUAUUUGGUAAAAGAACAAGUCCAAAUUAUGGCAAGAACAGCUCAAAUAAGCAAAGAGAAAUGACAGUCCAUCAUUACUUUAAGACAUGAAGGUCAGUCAAUCCGGAACAUUUCAAGAACUUUGAACAUUUCUUCAAGCGCAGUCGCAAAAACCAUCAAGCGCUAUGAUAAAACUGGCUCUCAUGAGGACCGCCACAAGAAAGGAAGACCCAGAGUUACCUCUGCUGCAGAGGAUAAGAUCAUUAGAUUUAACUGCACCUCAGAUUGCAGCCCAAAUACAUUUUUCACAGUUCAAGUAACAGACACAUCUCAACAUCAACUGUUCAGAGGAGACUGUGUGAAUCAGGCCUUCAUGGUCGAAUUGCUGCAAAGAAACCACUACUAAAAGACACCAAUAAGAAGAAGAGAUUUGAUUGGACCAAGAAAUACGAGCAAUGAACAUUAGACCAGUGGAAAUCUGUUCUUUGGUCUGAUGAGUCCAAAUUUGAGAUUCUUGGUUCCAACCGCGUGUCUUUUUGAGACGCAGAGUAGGUGAAUGGAUGAUCUCCGCAUGUGUGGUUCCCACCGUGAAGCAUGGAGGAGGAGGUGUGAGGAGGAGGUGUGAUAGUGUGGGGGUGCUUUGCUGGUGACACUGUCAGUGAUUUAUUUAGAAUUCAAGGCAAACUUAACCAGCAUGGCUACCACAGCAUUCUGCAGCGAUACACCAUCCCAUCUUGUUUGGGCUUAGUGGGACUAUCAUUUGUUUUUCAACCGGACAAUGACCCAACACACCUCCAGGCUGUGUAAGGGCUAUUUGACCAGUAAGGAGAGUGAUGGAGUGCUGCAUCAGAUGACCUGGCCUCCACAAUCAACCGACCUCAACCCAAUUGAGAUGGUUUGGGAUGAAUUGGACCGCAGAGUGAAGGAAAAGCAGCCAACAAGUGCUCAGCAUAUGUGGGAACUCCUUCAAGACGGUUGGAAAAGCAGUCCUCAUGAAGCUGGUUGAGAGAAUGCCAAGAUUGUGCAAAGCUGUCAUCAAGGCAAUGGGUGGCUACUUUGAAGAAUCUCAAAUAUAAAAUAUAUUUUGAUUUGUUGAACACUUUUUUGGUUACUACAUGAUUCCAUAUAUGCGAUUUCAUAGUGUUGAUGUCUUCACUAUUAUUCUACAAUGUAGAAAAUAGUAAAAAUAAAGAAAAUCCCUGGAAUGAGUAGGUGUGGCCAAACUUUUGACUGGUACUGUAUUUGUCUAAAGAAAGAAAGACUAGCUGUCUGGCUGUAAACCCUUCACACCCUACCCUACUUGUAUAUUUAACUAAACGUGUUCAGUACUGUAGUAGUUGGCCCUUAGCCUUCUCGUUAUGCCACAGACAGUACUGCAGCCAGGCACACGGCUGUCUAGUCCUGUUGGACAGAAUAUCACACAGGCCAUGAAGGGGUUACUACUCCUCUCCUCUCUACCCUGCUGGAAAGCAUUGUUCCCUCCUCACUCAGGGAGGUGAGCCCAGCAGGUGCCCUCUCAGGGGAGAGGGAACUGAGUUCACACACUCUCUUGUCUGAGAUGGGGUUUUGGGGGUUUGGUGAAAGAAGGAGAUGUGACAAUUAGCUUGUAUUGUCUGCUAUAAAGAAGAACAAAAACUCAACAGACUAGAUAUGCAUUGUGGAUUUUUGUUUCAUCAUUGCAAGGUGCCUCAGUAUUCGGCUUUGUUCCAAUGUCCAUCCUUCAGUACUUGUACCAACUAAGACUGCUGGGAGCUUGUGGUGUCCCUAGUGUGUGAGAGCUCGACUAUUCAUUUAAUCUGUCCUUUAUUAGUCCCUCUAAAGUUAGGGGUCCUUUAGUUCUUUGUAUGUUCUCAGGUUCCCGGACUCAGUCCUAGUAAAGCUAUACAAUAGCUACAGUGAACAAUGAACACUCAUUUCCCCCACUUUCUUUUCAUCUGUGUGUGUGUGCGUGUGUGUGUGCAUGCACGCGAGCGUGUGCGUUUGUGUGUACUACAGGCUUUGUAGAGCUGAGUCUGACGGACCAGGUGCACCUGUUGGAGUGUUGCUGGCUGGAGGUGCUGAUGCUGGGUCUGAUGUGGAGGUCUGUCGACCACCCUGGGAAACUCAUCUUCUCACCAGACCUAAAGCUCAACAGGUACAACUGCUUAUGCUUUACUACUAAGCUCCAAAAUACAGUAUACUGGUAUAAGAUUAAAUAUCACGUCUUCAAGUAAAGUAGUUUGGCAUAAUGAAUUUCCUGUCAAAUCAAAUCAACUUUUAUUUGUUACAUACACGUGUUUAGCAGAUGUUAUAGCGGGUGUAGCGAAAUGCUUGUGGUUUUCAAUUAUGUUAGAAUAGCCCAUAAAUGAAAGUAUCUUGGUCAGUAUUAAGUUCAUCCUUUUUUAUCUAGAAAAUACCAAACUAUGCAAAAUAAUUGUUUUUAAAUCAUGUUUUUUUAAACUAUUUGUCCAGUUAAAAGCAUGUGUUUUAAUAUGUGGUGUUGUGUUAGAAAGACAGGCCUUGGGGUUGCCUCUCCUUUUUCACUGGUCACUCCCACAGGCUCAGGCUCAUUAGCUUUCACCAAUACGCCUGGCAAAGAAUGCUCUCACAUUCUCAGUACCCUCUGGGACCAGCAUUAUUCACUAUGUCUGUGUGCGUGGGUACUGAUAAGAAUGAUAGUGUUACAGUGUGUUCUCCCUAAAAAUUGCUGAAGUUAACCUCCCAUAAAUCUAUGAGCUAUCUGAAAAUGCAAUAAUACCGAUAUCAAUGUUUGCUUCAAACAUACAGUCGUUGUACGAUUGAACAGAAUAUUUUCAAAUUUAAGUUAAAAUUGUGAGUUUUGUUUGACUUUGAACUUAGGCAAUAUCAAAGUCUGACUUUGCUGACAAAGCUCAUUUUUGAAUUGUCAGUAAACAAAAGUUUUGUGUCCAUAAAUCACACGUCCCACUUUGUUUGUCAGAAUUAUACAUGUGUAUAAUAAGCCUAAAAAACUUUAACGUUGGGGUUUGUUAAGCAUUGAAUGUCGGUUAUUUAGCUGUAGUUCUGGUGUUGGGUGAAUCUGAUCAGUCCAGAAGGUUAGAGGAUUUAUUGGCCUUGAGGAGAAUGAUCUCACCCCUGAGACUAAGAUACAGUAUACUGGAUGUGUGAGUGCUUGUACUACUUGUCUAUAUGUGAGUGUGUGUGCUACUAACUUGUCUAAGGAGGUGUGUGGCUUUUGAAUACAGCAGGUGUGCACAUGUGCUCCUAUAUUUAUUUGCCUAUCUUUGAGUUUACGUGUCUGAAGCCUUAUGCCAGUGUACGUGUCUGUGAGUGUGUGUUUUGUUGUGUGGGUUGGUGUGGUUGAGUAGUGUUUCACCUUUUCCACUACCACGGCGACUAUCACUAUAGGCUUAGCUAACCUUGACGUGUUCCCAUAACAUGGGACUUAUUGUUCACAGUCCUCUGGCCAUUGUGUGGCUUUGGCACUGUCUCCUGAGGCUGCCAUGAAAAACACAUAAAGUAGACAAAUGGGUCAGCGUUUUCAUCUGACUUUCCAUUCAUCUCCAUUACUGAGAUUGUUUUUAUUACAGUAUGUGGGUAACAUACUGUUAUAUGAUAUGAAUAAUGUACAGUGCAUUCGGAAAGUAUUUAGACCCCUUGACUGUUCCACAUUUUGUUACUUUACAGCCUUAUUCUAAAAUGGAUUAAAUUGUUUUUUCCCCUCAUCAAUCUACACACAAUACCCCAUAAUGACAAAGCAAAAACAGGUUAUUUGAUUUGUUUGUUAAAUAAAUAAAUAAAUGAAAUAUCACAUUUACAUAAGUAGUCAGACCCUUUACUCAGUACUUUGUUGAGGCACCUUUGGCAUCGAUUACAGCCUCAAGUCUUGAGUAUGACGCUACAAGCUUGGCACACCUGUAUUUGAGGAGUUUCUCCCAUUCUUCUCUGCAUAUCCUCUCAAGCUCUGUCAGGUUGGAUUGGGAGCGUCGCUGCACAGCUAUUUUCAGGUCUCUCCAGAGAUGUUCGAUUGGGUUCAAGUCCGGGCCACUCAAGGACAUUCAGAGACUUGUCCCGAAGCCACUCCUGUGUUGUCUUGGCUGUGUGCUUAAGGUCGUUGUCCUGUUGGAAGGUGAACCUUCGCCCCAGUCUGAGGUCCUGAGCACUCUGGAGCAGGUUUUCAUCAAGGAUCUCUCUCUGUACUCUGUUCAUCUAUCCUUCGACCAUGACUAGUCUCCAGUCCCUGCUGCUGAAAAACAUCCCCACAGCAUGAUGCUGCCACCACCAUGCUUCACCGUAGGGAUGGUGCCAGGUUUCCUCCAGACGUGACGGUUGGCAUUCAGGCCAAAGAGUUCAAUAUUGGUUUGAUCAGACCAGAGAAUCUUGUUUCUCAUGGUCUGAGAGUCCUUUAGGUGCCUUUUGACAAACCCCAAUUGGGCUGUCAUGUGCCAUUUACUGAGGAGUGGCUUCAAUCUGGCCACUCGACCAUAAAGGCCUGAUUGGUGGAGUGCUGCAGAGAUGUUUGUCCUUCUGGAAGGUUCUGCCAUCUCCACAGAGGAACUCUGGAGCUCUGUCAGAGUGACCAUCUGGUUUUUGUUGACCUCCCUGACCAAGGCCCUUCUCCCCCGAUUGCUCAGUUUGGCCGGGUGGUCAGCUCUAGAAAGAGUCUUGGUGUUUCCAAACUUCUUCCAUUUAAGAAUGAUGGAGGCCACUGUGUUCUUGGGGACCUUCAAUGCUGCAGACAUUUUUUGGUACCCUUCCCCAGAUCUGUACCUCGACACAAUCCUGUCUCUGGAGCUCUACGAACAACUCCUUUGACCUCAUGGCUUGGUUUUUGCUCUGACGUACACUGUUAACUGUGGGAUCUUAUAUAGACAGGUGUGUGCCUUUCCUUAUCAUGUACAAUCAAUUGAAUUUACCACAAGUGGAUUCCAACCAAGUUGUAGCAACAUCAAGGAUGAUCAAUGGAAACAGGAUGCACCUGAGCUCAAUUUUGAGUCUCAUAGCAAAGAGUCUGAAUACUUAUGUAAAUAAGGUAUUUUUUUUAUAUAUUUUUUUAUAAAUUUGCAAAAAUAUCUAAAAACCUGUUUUCGCUUUGUCUUUAUGGGCUAUUGUGUAUAGAUUGAUGAGGAACAUUUUUUAUUUGAUCGAUUUUAGAAUAAGGCUAAAAUCGAUUAAAUGUGGAAAAAGUCAUGUGGUCUGAAUACUUUCCGAAUGCACUGUACUGUAUGUAUAAUAUGCAUAUUUCCCUCUGUGUGUUUGUAGGGAAGAGGGGAACUGUGUGGAGGGCAUUAUGGAGAUAUUUGACAUGCUGCUGGCAGCCACCUCUAGGUUCCGGGAGCUGAACCUUCAGAGGGAGGAGUACGUCUGUCUGAAAGCCAUGAUCCUCCUCAACUCCAGUAAGUCAAAUAAUCAGUACUUCUGUACUGUAUGAGAGGCUGUGUGGUUGUUGAGUGUGUGUUUGUCCCCAGUCAGAGACCUGGAGGUGAAAGCACCUUUAGAGCUACUUUUGUACUUAGACACGUUUGCCACAUUUCCAAUAACGAUUUACUCCAGUGUUUUACCCAAAAGGAUCAGACUUUUCUGUUUCCAUCUACACGGGCCGGCACCCGUGUCUCACGGACCUGCUCUAACUUGGAGCCAAGGCAAGGCCCUGGGUACUUUUCAGUUUGCAUUUACAUAACAAUAGCUAACUGUGCAUUUUAACACCUUCUCACAAAGCAACAGUCUUGAAUAAUGCAGAGGUCAUUGAUUCUGCUUGCCACAAGUCUUUAGUGUCACACUCCUGAUGAAAACACGAUAACACUAUAGCUCACAUUAACAUAAAACACUGGCGGCCCACUGGUGUGGGGUUGUCUCAAUGGAAAAGCACGAGUUGUUUUCCUCUCCCAGGGAUCAAGGUGUCCUAUCCCUAUCUCUGUUCACCCCAGGUUUCAGUGGGGUGACUGACUUCUCUGUCUGUCCUCACUGGGGUCAGAGCUCUGCCACCACGCACACUGGCUCCCAUCACUGCCAGAAUCUCUGUUGAUUCUCUUCCAAAAAAGCUGGAAAAAUACAAAUUGUGCAACAGAAAUCUAGUUUAGAAACUCAGAGCAUAGGAUUGCAGAAUCGUUUUGUUGGACAGAAAUAAGAUAUGUCUCAAUUCCUCAGGCCUUCAUUUAAUGUCUAUUCUUGUGUGGAAUGUCUGAUUUAUGAAAGGAGAUUUCUGUAGGUCGAAGCAUUUUCUCCCCACCAGUGCCAUCUAGUGUUUCAAAUGCAAAUUAAUGAUAUGUUAAGUGAUAGUAGGAUUUUUUUUUUUAAGUAAGUGAACAUGCUCUCUCUGUGAUGUGAGUGUGACAGGUAGAGGUUUGCCAGUGAUUCUGCUUCAUAAAUGAAUAGUUACAUUGGGUCUAUGUUUGUGUCCACCUGUAGACAUCUGCUCUACCUCUCCGGAGAGGGCAGAGGAUCUAGAGAGCAGGAGGAAGCUGCUGCGUCUGCUGGACUCAGUGACAGAUGCCCUGGUGUGGGCCAUCUCCAAACGAGGCCUGUCCUUCCAGCAGCAGUCAUCCCGCCUGGCCCACCUCCUCAUGCUGCUCUCACACAUCCGCCACGUCAGGUAGACUACAGCUACAGCAGUCUCACUAGCAGCAACAAGAGUCUACUGUGUCACUGUCUGUUCAGUCAGUCAGUGACAUAAAAGCACACCUGCAGAUCUGUCCAUUGUAAUUUCAGUCAGCGACACUUUUUUUGGAUCAAUGCUGCGCGCUCAAAUGUUUUGGGUUGUUUAUCAAAACGACAUUCCCAUGCUUCUCUUCUCUCCUUAGUAACAAAGGAAUGCAGCACCUCUCUAGCAUGAAGAAGAAGAAUGUCGUGCUGCUCUAUGACCUGCUCUUGGAAAUGCUGGACGCCAACACAACCCACAGCAGCCGUAUGUCCGCACCUCAUGACCCCUCUAACAACAACCCCACCGAGCCCCCAGCAGCACCAGCCCUUACCCAGGCUCCAGCCACUGCUGUAGACACCCAGCUCCAGCCACAAUCCCUACAGCUACCAUUCCAAAACUCAGAGGAGAGCCAAACACUUGAGAGCAGUGAGUAAGUUAAUGAAGUUGGGUUAGCCACUGAAGACGUAGAAUGUAUAUUUAUCGAUACUCCAUGAAUCAUAAUCCAAUGUGUUCUCCUUCUCCAGGUACAUCCAGCCAGGGUGCUGGCCAGCCGAGAGAGGAGAGAUGUGUACCUCAGUGAGAGGAACAGUGACAGGAUACAGCGUGGGACAGGGGGACAUGGAUGGAGACUGCCUGAUACUUUAAAGCACCCUAAAGGGGUGACUGGACUGAAGGAGAGGCCAGACUGGCACUAUAGGACCAAAGUCCACUCUCUGGGACAGUGUACACCAUUCUCAAUAGGCUGACCGAGAGUAAAAUCUCUUUAGAAAGAUUGCAGAAUGUGUCAUUGUGAGGUAAAUAUUACAGUUAUAUCCUUUUUGGAUGUUUUUGGUCAAUGGAAAAAAAAUGAUUUGGAACAGUGAAUUGACUGUAUUUUUUGUGUAAUUUCCUUGUAAUAAUGCAGUUGGUAAUGUAGCUGGUAAUGAGUACAUAUUUUAACCUCUACCAGUCAAAAUGUGUCUCCUUUUGAUAUAUUUCUAAACUUUUUCAACUUUAUCAGUGUCUUUGCGAACAAUUCAUACCAUGCUAACUGGCUUACUUGGAAAAUGGUGCAUGAAGUCCAUGCUGUGAACAUCAUUUAUCAAACAGAACUAUAGCAAUGAGAUGUGCAGUGUAUCUGACAUUUUUACCAGAUUGUGGGUGUUCUUUGCCUCAUACCAUGCUGGAUGUGUGGAGGGGAUGUGUUAUGAUGUACUCAUUGUAAAAACCUACCUUUCAAUUAGAUGCAUUUUGUGGCCUUUGAUUAAGAUGACUGCUAGUCUCCAUUCAAGUUUAUGUGAGAGAUCAGGAGCCAAACAAAAACCAGCAACUGCUAAAACUCGCACACUUGUACUUAUGAAUCCUGAUCAUGCCCUGUCCUUUCUGUAAUGAUUUGGUGCUUGUGCUGUUUAUCUGAUGUUCAAUGUCAAAGUCAUGUUUGUAUUAAUAGAAAACCCACAUACAGAGCUUGUCAUAUCGAGGCAUUUUAGCCCCAAUGGAAUUGCAACCAAACAUCUUAAAAGCAGCUGUAAAACGUGAAUAUAGUUCUAUUGACAUAAGCACAGAUCAUGGCAAACAAUGUUUAUUGUCAAGUAAAAAUGAAUUCAAGCUAUUCAUCAUCCAUAAAUAAGCAUAAAACAAUUAAUUCAACUGUACACACCAUUGUUUUCUCUAUGUUUCAUUGUACUACUGAGCAGUACAGAGUGACUUGACAAUUUACACUAAUAAUGGAUCUGUGUAAAUUAAUUGUUUUACACUGUUCUUUGAUCAGCUUCAGCUUGACUGUCAUUUUUCCACUGCUGAUUUAUAAACAUGAGUAAGCCUUCUUUGUGAAGAAAGCCAGAGCAUAUGGACAGGAGACCCUCUAGUCUAUACACACUCUUUGAUUCUGCAUGUACCCCGUAACAUUCAUUGCUCACUGACUGACUGACUUGCCAAGGUUCAUGUCACCUAUCUAUUCAUGUACUGUAGUGUAUAUACUCCAUUCUACAGCUAUGACAGCAUCAGAUUUUACUCACAUUAUUCAACAGCAGGAAAGAAGUGUAAAAGAGCAGCUUCCAGAUGGGAACAUCCAAACAUUAUGUAGAUUAGUUCUGUAGUGCUAGAAUGAUUUCUAAGCAGCACUCGAUAUAUCCCCCAUCAGCCCAGGGUGGCCCACAAACACACAAGGCCUCUGUGGAGAUAGGGUUACUCACUCACAUAUGCACACACACAUCGUCAAUCAUUUACCAUUGCUUUGUCAGUAGUUAUGUACAAAUGCACUCAUACAGACAAAAUCAUAGGGACACUGUAGUGUGAAUAAAAUAUUUUCUAACAAAAAACUAAUCUUUUCUAAAGCACUGACUACAGCAAGGCAUGUUUGCAGUUGAUUCGCUACCAUUAUUCAGUGAAAAUGACAUAUCACUGUGUACAUGAUUCUAAAUCAGACAAAAACUGAAUCGCUUUCAGUCGAUAUGUACAAAAAUGUGCUAUCUACAAUUGGUUGUCCUAAGUAAAAUGGUAGAAACAGUAAUGAUCAAUAUCCUCAGUACUCUUAUCCUUUGGUAGCAACUGCAGUUUACCAUUACAUGGGCCAUUAUUUUGAGUAUACAGUAUCUGCAAUGAUAAAACAAAGCUAUCAAAAUAACAUUUGAAAUAUUUCUUUGUAUGUGGAAAACAGCUUGACGGGGAUAAUAAUCGACACAUCUUCGCUACAUAUAAAAAUGCUUUACUUCAAACCGAACCAAUGAUAUGGCUUAUUUUCUUAUUUUCAGAGCCGCAUACCUUCAUGAGCUCUCAACAUAUAUUAAAUAUAAAUAUGUAUACAUAAAUACCUAAUUAAACUUCACUUUAGACAACUUAAAAAAAACAAAAAAAACAUUUGGAGUGGAGAAACACAGCUUGGCUCCAGUCUCUGUGUUUUUCGGGGCCGUUUCCGGCAGUGGUGGAUGGGGACUUUAAAAGGCGGGUGCAGGGGGGGUGGGUGUUGUUGCUGUCUCAUGUGGGCGGGGGGCCAUUGGUGUAGCGCAGCAUGGGG